CAACCCUCCACCACAGCGGCGCGCCAGGCCGCGCCGUUGCCAUUGAACAGAUCUACAGUACUUGUCAAAUGCCGUCGACCGCUCUCCCACUAAAUGUUACUCCUGCAUCAACGCCAGCAAGGGCUUCACCACAAUCAUCUGCUUCGGGCUCAAAGACUCCCACAAAGCAGGCCAUUGCCACCAACCCUGGCGAAAUAUCUAGCCCCCAUGAGCUAACAGCUUUCGUCGAAACGCUACUUGAACAACUAGAUACCCAAUUUGACGCCAUGUCGUCUCAGAUUCUUGAUCACAUGAUGCAAAUGUCGAAUAGAGUGGACGCACUGGAGGCUGCUAUACAGGAUAUCAUUAGCGGAGAUGUGACCACACCAAGUGCAUCUAUAUCGUCGACACCGCUUCUAGCCACCGGCGCAGCGCUGCCGGGUAUUCGAAGGAGUGGAAGUGGCGUCCAGUGAUGGGGAUAUGGCACAAUUUCAGUCUUCAACCAGUCACUGCGUGGUUCUAUUUCGUCGACUGAUAGCGUUCACAACAAUUCAUUUCAUGAUUUGAUCAGCACAUGCAGACUGAUCGCCCAUAUUAAUUUGCAAUCUAGCCGGCUUCGGAUCGUCUGCGUACAUGAAGAAAACAUCGGGUUAUAUUCUGACCUGCUAGGCACGCUUUGGAGGCAGCAGUACAGAUACUACUUGGGUACCCUAUUCAUAUCACACUAUCACGUCAAUCUGACCACUUGAAUCUCUUCUCGAA